AUGUCACUUUGGUACCAUGUGGCAGAGGGCAUGUUGACGUUUCUUUUCGCUGGUGAAGUCGGUCUCCGACUAGCCGUGAUGCGUGGCGAUUUUUGGGAAUCGGCUUACAAUGUUUCUGAAGUUGUCGCGUGCAUUGUAUGCAUCACUAUCUUCUCUAUUCUCCAUGUCACACGCCAGCAGGCCUCACUGGCGGAACACCGGGUGCUUAUCCUCUUGCGCUACAUUGGACAGUUGCUUCGGAUGUUUGGUUUAGUUGCUGUGGACACUUUGGGGUCAACAAGCAGUGAAAGUGAUAUUCAGCUUUUUGCUGUAAACGGGGCGAAGUUCCCAUCUUCCGACAUGAGAGAGAACUACCGUGAUGUGCUAUAA